AUGCUGUAAUGGAGGAUAAAGAGAAGAGGAUUGAAACUAAUUUAUUACUUAAAUUUUAUCUGUGCAUUUUAGAUAAACAAUUAAUUGAGUCAUCUCUGAUUCUCUUCUUGUUUCAGGUCUACAGGAAUCUCACCAUGCCCCGGGGACUGGUUUUUAUGGCAAAUUACAAGGACUUUGUAGAGAAUCAGCAUACUAGUCGUGAAGGAUCUGAAAUUGAUGUAAAAAAUCUUUCAUUGCUAUUUUCACAAAUGGGUUAUAAGAUUCCAAAGCAACACCUGAAUAUGAAUAAAAUGGAAACGAUACGUGCUUUACGAGAGUUUCGGUCACUUGAAGAUUUGCAAAAUGUAGAUUCCUGUAUAGUGGUUAUUAUGAGUCAUGGUCGUGAUGAAAAGUCUUUCUACACUUCUGAUAACAACUAUCUUACUGUGAAUGAUGUGGUGGAAAGGUUCAGUAAUAAGGAAUGCCCAGCUCUACAAAAAAAGCCUAAGAUAUUCAUAUUCCAGUACUGCAGGGGCUCAGUGCCAGAUGUUGGUGUAACACCAGCAUCUUACCCUGUGAAUUAUGAACGUGGUCUCAGUGUCCAGACUGAUGCAGCAAAUGCUGGUGAAACUGUUGUGGAAAAAGACGCAACCUACACAGAUAUGUACAUCGUUUACUCCACCGUUGAAGGCUUUGUGUCAUUUCGUCACCCAGAACGAGGGUCUUGGCUGAUGGAGGCCAUUUGCGAUGUCUUUAUGAACCAUUCAUGUGAUAAAGAAUUAGAAACACUGAUGAAAAUGGUUUCUCGUAAAGUGCGUCAGAACUACACAGAUGAUGGCAACAAACAAGUUUGCGAGUUUGUUCAGAGAGCCUUCGACAGACACUUUUUCUUCAACCCAGAGCCACUCAACAGCAUGGGGUCCUUAAAUAUGAGUGCUUUGUCACGUGUUCUCUCAGAAUCAACAAGCAGUUUGGAAGGUGCUACGUCACCACUUCCAUUUCCUGUGUAUCAGUGUAAGGCAAAGCUCAGGAAUAUUUCCCAAGGAACCACACCUGACCCAUACUUGAAUAACAAUUAUUAUGUUACACGGCACAGAAACUGUAGUGGGGCUAGCAAUUGUUCAGAGAGAAGUAUAGAAGAAUUUGACCCUGCUGAUUUCAACUCGGAAAAUGUGGCCACUCAUCCCCGGGUGCGCAGUCUAAGUGGCACUCGUACCCGAAGGCGCAUUUCUUUGCCUGAACCUAUCAAUGCUCAAAAUUCUAACUGCCUUCCUCAGCUUCCAAAACCAUGGCAGCGUUCCUUUAGUGAGCAAACCCAAGGAUCACGAGGAACAACCCCUGAUCCUCAUGAAUUACCUGACCAUUUUAUAGCUGGAAAUAUGUUCCUUGAAGUUCAAGAUGAGUAUGAAAAUCCUUCUGAAGAAACAUUUGAUGUAGUUGAUAAUAGGAACGCAUCGUGGAUGUCUGGUGCAAGUGGAGGAGCAUUACCAAAACAUAUAGUGAAAGAAGCAUCUGUUGCACAAACUGCUGAAAUGGAAUCUUUGGAUAUGACUGGUGGAAACUUUCCACAAAGAAUAAAUGAAGAAUCUCAGAGAACAAGAAGACAGGGUGGUAUAUGCCAUUCCUACAGCAGCACAGUCAUUAGGCAAGAAUAUGAAGAUGAAGAGCUCAAGGAUUCACACUUUAAAAUUAAGAGACAGCUGUCCAUCCCGUCAACAACAGAAACUCUUGCCAAAAUUAAUGAUGUGAGAAAGUUUUUACAGGUGCAUGACUCAGACCCAAUGUUAUUAGCACCAUUACAAAGAAUUGAAAGCUUUGUCAAUAAAAAAAAGCAUGAAGGUAAACGUAGAAAACUAGAAUCCAACAGUCUGGAAUAUUGAUAAUUAUGUGAGUUAUUCAGACUAAGUCAUAGACACUGGUAUACUAGACACUGUUUGGUGCUACUAAUUGACUUCUACUAAGUGCCUUAAUAAUAAAAACUUUUAAUAACUAAGUUGCAAUAAUGUUAUUAAGCUACUGUAUUGUUCUACCUUCCAAAAAAGAGGUAAGAUCUUUAAUGAGUGGAAAUAUGUAUUUGCUUAAUUGUAGAUCAUACUUACAUUUAUGCCUCUAUCAUAAUCUUGAUGCUAGUGUAUUAUUACCAAGCAGACUUAUGUAGGUGUGAAUGAAGGCAAACACCAGCCUGAAAGAGAAUGCUUAAAGAAUUAUAUGUUUUGAGUUUUAUUUUAUUGUCUUAUACAAUACUGGGAACAAGUUGGUUCUUAUUAAGAUAAAUGAAAGAACUACUUCAGUAUUCGGUACUGUACUGCUGUGUAUGUCUGUUCUUCGUAAUAAGUGACACAGUUCUCUACUAUUUUUAAAAAAUAAUUUUUUGACCAAGUAUGAGGCCAAUGGCUAAAUCCAAUGAAAAAUGAGGAUUGGCAGAAGUUAGUCAUUUUAGUCAUUCUGACCGAAGCAAUGUUUCUAAUAUUAAAAGAUUGCUUUCCUAGUGGGAAAUUGCUCAAAUGAUGUUAAGUUAACUUUCUUAGGUGCCAGAACUAGAAUACUCGAUUAGAAGAAUCAUUGAGACUAUUAAGCUUACAAUAAUUUGUUGUUUUGGAACAUGAUUCAAAAUUUUCUAGCUUAAAUGGUGUAACACCCUAGUAAGCGAGAACAACCCCUUGUGAGUGAGAGUCAAUACUUUCUGGCAGAUAUUCUUUCAAAAAGCUCUUAGAAAUCAUGUUUUGACUUUUUGUACCAUUAAGUUGGAUCUGAUGAAUUAAACACAUGUACGACAACUGGGUAUCUUUAUUGUUGAAAUGUGUCACAUACACAGUAGGCUUCUUCAGUCAAAUACACAGGCAGCAGAUGUAGCAGUGAAAUGAAAAUGAUGCAGUUAGUCCACCAUCCUUGGAGAAAUAGUUGAUGGACUGAUUACAUCCUCAUUUCACUGCUACACCUGCUGCCUCUGUAUUUGACUGAAGAAGCCUACUGUGUAAGCAAAAUGUUUCAACAGUAAAGGUACGCAACUGUCACACAUGUUUUAAUCAUCAACUUUUUGGUAUUUUAUACCAUCCUCUACAAAAACUAAGAUCUAAUUGUCAGCAAAUAAAGUCUUACAGUGUUUACUCUCACUUUAUCAGUGGAUUAAGUUUCAAUGAAUUCAAUAUAUUACUGUUUGUGAUAUAUGAGAGAAAAUAAUUUAAAUGUACUUUGAGACUAAACUAGUUACUAGAGUUUCUACAAUUAGCAGUGCUGAUAUCACCAUGGCAAACCAUCUUGAAUAUGCCAGGCCCUGGCCUUGUAAACUUUUUUACUUUUAUUAUUAUAAUUUAUUAUUAUUUUUAGUGUGUCUAUGUGUGUGAUGUGUGAGUAAAAUUUUGACCUAUUUUAUAAGAAUUUUUUUUUUAAUUAGUGCACUUUUAGUUCAGUUUUACUUAUGCUGUAAUCAAGAUACUAGGUUACAAUGAUGUGUAUAGUGCAUUAUAUUCUACAUUAUUCUGAUAAAAAUUGCUUACAGUAUUCCACAAGUUGCUACAUGUAUCAGUAUUAGUACAACUACUGCCUGCAAAUUAUUUUAAAAUGCAUUCUCUUGGCUGUAGCAACAAAAGGGGUACAAAUAUAACUAAAAGAACAAUUAAACUAAAACUUUGUGUCUGAAAGUGACUUACAUGAGUGCUGGAACAUGCCUUAUUGAUGGAGAAAAAUAUUUUAGUUUAAUUUUUAAAUGAUUGCUUAACUAUUGAACGAACUGUAGUUGUACAAAAAAAAAAGAUUGUUGUUGUAUAGAAUAAAGAUAUGUAUGCAACACUUAGGUCAUUUUAUUAAGCAGAUGUUGCACCAUUCAGUGGAGUCUUUUUUUACCAAAAGCUAGAUUGAAAAUUUCUCAGAUGGUUAAAUGUCUAAUAAAAUGUUCAAGUAGUGCAUACAAAUCUUUAUUCCAGUUUGUCAGUAUUGAUGUACCUAGUACUUGUAGCAAUGUUGUUAUUUUUAUUAAGGGGUCUCAGGUUUCCUUGUUAUAACACUGCCAUAGUUGGCUAAUUAUGCAGAUUAAUGCAUUGACAGUUUCUGGACAUUUUUGGUUAUUGAAACAAAAAAUGCUAAAUGAAACUUCUUAAAUUGGCUGACUGUUGUAAAUUUGCAAAAAUUGUAAGAUAUAAUUGAUUCUUUUAGUUUAAUUUUUUAAGCCAGUUUGUAAUGAAGAGGUAAAACUGUAGAAGAGAUUCUGUGUUAUACUGUAUGUAUGUAAGGUAGAAUUUUACAUCACACCUGUAAGCUGGCAGUCCUUAUUUUGUGUUGUAUGAUAUACAGUGGUUACACUGUGAGAAAAAAGUUUAGAUGCAAUUAUUUUAUUGUUUUUGAGAAGUGCAUUUACCAUCAUAUAUGUAGGUAGUAAGACAAAUGUUUGGUGUAUAUAAGUUUUGUAUGUAUGACUUUACUAUAAACAACAGAGAUGACACACACAGUUUUGCAAGUAAUGUUAGAGAAUGUUAAAAUAUUUCUUCUCUUGAUGAAUGUACUGGUAGCACGUCAUCGCUUGUCACCAUUGUGUAUUUUUCCAUAUACUGUGUACAAUAUACAAGUUUAUUUGCAUCUACAAAGAGAAGCUUUAUAAAAAAAAAAAGGACUUGAUUUAAGUUUAUAAUAAUACAGUAUUUUUAUAUAUAUUUUUUAUUAACACAUAAGCCAUUUCCCACUGAAGUAGGGUGACCCAAGAAAAGAAGAAACACUUCAUCAUCACUCACUCCAUCACCAUCUUUCCAGAGGCUUGCUGACACUACGGUUCAAAAACUGCAACAUGUCUACACCCCUCCUUCAUUCAAAGCACAGGCACUGUAAUUCCCACCUCCAGGACUAGAGUCCAACUAACCCUGAAUCCCUUCAUAAAUGUUACUUUGCACACAUUCCAACAUAAUCACUGUCUUUGCAGAGGUGCUCAGAUACGACAGUUUAGAAGUCCCUCCAAACUGCCAGUAUCCCAAACCCCUCCUUCAAAGUGCAGGCAUUGUACUUCCAGUUUCCCUGAAUCCCUUGACAAAAUAUUAUCCUGCUCACAAUCCAACAGCUCAUCAGGUCCCGAAAACCAUUCAUCUCCAUUCACUCCUAUCUAACGCGUUCAUUCAUGCUUGCCGGAAGUCCCAGCCCCUCACCCACAAAACCUCUUUUACCCCCUCCCUCCAACCUUUUCGAGGAUGACCCCUACCCCGUCUUCCUUUCCUUACAGAUUUAUACGCUAUGUCAUUCUACUUUGAUCCAUUCUCUCUAAAUGACCAAACCACCUCAACAACCCCUCUUCAGCCCUCUGACUAAUACUUUUAGUAGCUCCACACUUUUUUUUUUUUAACAAGUUUGGGGAUUUUCUUUCUUUUUUGGGUCACCCUGCCUUGGUGGGAGACGGCCGAUUUGUUAAAAAAAAAAAAAAAGUUUGACGUCUCCCACCGAGGCUAGGUGACCCAAAAAGAAAAUACUUUCAUCAUCAUUCAACACUUUCACCUCACUCACACAUAAUCACUGUUUUUGCAGAGGUGCUUGGAAUACAACAGUUUAGAAGCAUAUAUAUAUAAAGAUACACAACAUAUCCCUCCAAACUGCGAAUAUCCCAAACCCCUCCUUUAACCCUUUCAGGGUCCGUCCCGUAGAUCUACGGCUUUACGUUCAGGGUCCAAACCGUAGAUCUACGCAAUGAGCUCAGCUCACUCUGAUAAAUUGUGAGUGGUACAUUUGGGCCUAGAUAUGAGAGAAUACAUCUAUGUGGUAUGUGUGUACCACAUAAAACAAAUCCCGCAGCACACUGUGUGUAAUGAGAGAAAAAAAACUGAGACCAUCAUUUUCGAUUAAAACAGCGUCUUUGCAGUGUUUUUUCAUAUGUUUUUUAUAGUUGUAUUUGCGAUUUCUUGGUCUCAUUUGAUAAAAUGGAAGACAUAUUACAGAAACAGAGAUGAUUUUGAUUGGUUUUAGCACUGGAAAUGGCUUGAAACUGAGCUCAAAUUAGCGGAAAAGCUAAAUUUUUGCCGAUGUUCAAGAGUAAACAAACGACCUCACACGUCUAAUACACGCCAGCUGGUGGGUCUAAUAUACAUUCGCAAAUGUGGUGAUGAUAUUUAUACAAUUAUUACAAUAUUGCAUAACAGUAAAUCUUCUAUUUUUUGGUUUGAAUAAAAAUCCAUUAUGUGAAUAAAAUAUCAAAAUGGAAUUCAUUUGUAAAGCCUCAAAACAUAACUAAUGAACAGAGGAAAUGUUAGUUUAGUGUCAGGAAUACCUACAUUGUUUAUUCUGGACCCUAUUUUGAAAUUGGAAUAUUUUGAACUUUGUGUUAAAUUGUCCAAAUUACCAAUUUCCGAUCACUCUAUUUUGUAGUUGAAACAGUUGACUUGGUGAUUUCUUGUGCUCAAUCGAUAGAAUAGAAGUAAUACUAGUGAAAUAGCUAAGAAUUUGGUCGACUGGAAUAAUGUAAUUGGCCUAUAAUGGGAGUCAAAGUUGGCAAAAUCGGCGAUUCGUAAAUAUCGCUGACACUAUCAAAAUUCAUGAGAGCAUAAUUUCGUCAGGUUUCCAUAAAAUUUCGUACUUUUUGUUUUAUUGCCUUCACAAAAAGAUUCUCUACCAUUUCAUAAGAAAAAAUAACAAUUUUUUUUUUUUUUUUUUUUUUUUUUGAAAAUUCUUGGACACUGGGGCACCACUUCAGAUUUUGGCCUUGGACCCUGAAGGGGUUAAAGUGCAGGCAUUGUACUUCCCAUUUGAAGGACUCAAGUCCGGCUAUUUAAAAAUAACCGGCUUCCCUGAAUUCCUUCACUAAAUAUUACCCUGCUCACACUCCAUUAGCUUGUCAGAUCUCAAAAACCAUUCGUCUCCAUUCACUCCUAUCUCACACGCUCACGCAUGCUUGCUGGAAGUCCAAGCCCCUCGCCCACAAAACCUACUUUACCCCCUCCCUCCAACCUUUUCGAGGAUGACCCCUACCCCACCUUC